AUGGCCUUAUCGCCUUCUCGGGAGACCCAGUCCCAGGACAAGGUGAACUACCUGCCCCAGAGUAGCCCCCAGCACCUGAGUACCUACUAUGCGCCUGUCCCAGGCUACAGCCACUUCGGGAACCUCGCCACCACCGAGGAGGAUUUUCAGCCUUGGAAACUGACGGCUGCAGUGUUUGAGUCCCAGGCAAUGGCCCAGCUUAAUGCUUUUCGGAUGACUCCUCCCUUGUUGAACCCGAGUCUGGCUGUGCAGAGCGAGCCGCUGUACAAUCUGCCCUGGUACAAGUUGUCACCAUGGUAUCCAAUUCCUCAAUUCACUCCUGAGGUACCACAAUUUCUAGACAGCACUAAGCAUGAGAACGGCGGUUCCAGCAGCGAAAAUUCGGUCCCGGUCGGCGGCCAAAUCAACAGAGGCCAGUUGUGGGGAGCUGAAAAUUUACUUCUGCCGUCCCCGGUACUUGCUCUACUACCUGAUGGAAUUAAGACUUCCCACUCAAUACCUGUCCCCCAAACCUUGAACCAAGACGGGAAGCUGUCUUUUCGCGGCUUCAGCUUCACAGAGGAGGAACUGCGCUUCGUUCUGUAUGGAGCCAUCGCUAGUCCGGAGCACCCAUCUGGCUUACAGCACGCAAUUUCAGGCAUCCUGGUCCCCACAGAGAGUUCUGGGUCAAAUCAUCUUCGCAAAACUCUGGACAAAGACUCCCUUCAGCUUCCGGAAGGUCUCUGCCUCCUGCAGACAGCUUUUGGUGAUGCCCCACACUUUGGUGUGUUCUGUAGUAACUUCGUUGCCAAAGGAGUGAGAUUUGGACCCUUUCAAGGUAAAGUGGUCAAUGCCAGUGAAGUGAAGACACACAGGGACAAUUCUCGGAUGUGGGAAAUUUUUGAAGAUGGUCACCUGAGCCAUUUUAUCGAUGGCAAAGGUUCCGGGAACUGGAUGUCCUAUGUCAACUGUGCUCGAUUCCCCGAGGAGCAGAACCUGGCCGCAGUGCAGCACCAGGACCAGAUAUUUUACGAGAGCUGUAAAGACAUCCACCAGAACCAGGAGCUGCUUGUGUGGUACGGAAAUUGCUACGAGAAGUUUCUGGACAUUCCCAUGAGCCUCCAGGUCCCUGAGCAAGAAGGCAAACAGCUAUCUGAGCCCUGUGAGGAGUCUGCGGAAGGCUACAGAUGCGAACGCUGUGGGAAGGUGUUCACCUACAGAUACUACAGAGAUAAGCACCUCAAGUACACUCCCUGUGUGGACAAGGGGGAUAGGAAGUUUCCAUGCUCUCUCUGCCAAAGAUCCUUUGAAAAGCGUGACCGACUCCGGAUCCACAUCCUUCACGUCCACGAGAGGCACCGGCCCUACCUGUGUUCAACGUGUGGGAAAAGCUUCUCUCAGUCUUCCAGCCUGAACAAGCACAUGAGAGUCCACUCUGGAGACAGGCCGUACCAGUGUGUGUACUGCACGAAGAAGUUCACCGCCUCCAGCAUACUCCGGACACACAUUAGACAGCACUCUGGGGAGAAGCCCUUCAAGUGCAAACACUGUGGUAAAGCUUUUGCAUCCCACGCUGCCCAUGACAGCCACGUCCGGCGCUCACACAAGGAGGAUGGCCGGAGCUCCUGCAAUAUUUGUGGGAAAGGCUUCCUGGAUCAAGAGGCUUUCUAUGCCCAUGCGAAGCUUCACAAAACCUGCUAG